GUGGGUCGUGGUACGCGUUUGGAUAAGGGGGUAUGGGCGUGAGCAGGUGCAUGCAUACGGUGAUCAUGCCUUAUUAAAUGGUCAUAAUGAAUGCUGUGUUGCGUUUGGAACAAGAAAUGGUUUGAAAUUCAUCUAAUUUCUGGUUGGCGCUGUUGAUUUAUAUUGUUGAGAACAUGCUGAAGCAUCUGCUUGGUGGGACAUUUUGAGCUUCAUGCCACACCUUCAACAAUAAGGAUGCAUGAACUCUUCCGCCAAGUGCUGAAUGAAAAGGACUUAUCAAGGGCUGGCGAGCUUUUCUCGCUAGAUGAUGAACAAGUGGUUGGAGACCUCCAGGAGGUGAUCAAGAAGAUUCUGGAGGUGACCAGCCGACCAGAGUUCUUGAACAGCAUAAAUGAGCAGAGCGUUGUGGAGAUUGCCAUCACCAGGGUGACAUCAGCUGUCAGGGACACGCAGACUAUCGAGGGCCACGCGGCGCCGCUCGUGCAGCUGCUGGAAUCGUGUCUGCAGCACGACCUUAAGCCGUCGGACCGCGACGAGGACCCGCCGCAUGCCAAGAUGGCGUCCGACGUGCUGGCCUGCCUCUUCCUGAACUACGGCCGGCCGAGCGUGAUGCAGCUGGCCAUGCCGGUGGCCGUGCGGUUCCUGGUGAAAGGCAGCCGCGAGCUCAGCCGCAACCUGGCCGCCUACCUGUCACUGGUGGCCAUCGAGAACGCCCAGCUGAUCGCCGACCACGCCGCCAGCAUCAUGGACAGCAUCGCCGCAGGCAACUACCAGCUGACGCAAGUGCUGCCGCCCAUCUACCGUCUGCAGCCGGACCGGUUCGCGCGGCACAUGACCACGCUCGUGACGGUGAUGCCGCUCUGCCUGGGCCAGGAGCGGCUCGCGCUCAUCGACCUCUUCCAGCUGAUGGCCAAGCAGCAGCCGCAGCUGCUGGUGCCGGCCGUGCCCCAGCUGUGUGACUACCUCUGCUCGCCGCCGCUGGGCGCCGCCACCGCCCAGGUGCUGACCACCAUGACCAUGGCCGCGCCGCUCGCCAUGUCCGAGCACGUCAACAAGCUGAAGCUGACGGUGGACCACCAGCCGGCCACGCUGCCGCACGUGCUGCCCGUCCUGGUGGCGUUCGGCCAGCGCACGUCCCGGAAGCCGCGCCUCUACCUCAGCACCGAGGAGACGUCACGGCGUCUGUCGGAGGACAACUGCGUGACGAUCGUCAAGGUGGGCUCUGGCGGCAGCCGGGAGCUGUGGUCCACCUCGUCGCGGGACCUGUUGUCGUCGAGGGACCACCUGCGCGGCAAGCUGGCCGACUCCAGCCGGUCGACGCCGCGGCUGAACCAGAGCCGACCCAUCGCGAGCGCAACGUCCACGUCGCUGAUCGGGCUGAAGGCGCCGCUGCACAAGUCCAUGACCCAGGUGAACCACUCGUCUCAGCUCAUCACCCGGUUUCCGGGUGGCUCGCGCGGCCAGCUGCCGGCCUCUCAGCGGGCGCUGACCAGCCUGACGCGCAUCAGUGUGUUUGAGCCGUACCAGAUGCGGGACACGAUGCAGCACUUUUGCGAGAAGCACCUGGACAAGAUCAAGGAGUUCAUGCAGAAGGUGUCGGUGCGCCUGCCGCUGCCGGGCAGGUGCACCAUUGAAGAGCGUAAAAGCCGAAAGCAAGCCAAGUUGCACUUUAUGUGCCAGAUUCACGGUGAAUAUUGUCUAUACAACAAGUCUUUUUACCCGAUGAAGACAAAAAACCCUCGCACCUGGAUCCACUUGAUGUUCCUGACGCUCCAGGCGCGCGCCUCAUCGGCGCUGAGCAGCCGCGAUCCGGGGCCGAACAGUCUGAAGAACUGCUGGGACACGCUGCGCUGGGAGUCGACCUCGUUCCUGGAGGUGGUCACCGGCUGUUUCCCGACGGCCAAGGAGACGGACGUGCUGCUGCAGGAGCUGCGCAGCGCCCGCUUCUUCGACGUGUUCGAGUACAACGGCAUGCAACAGCAGUGGGGCUGCUUCCUCUGCAACCACCCAGAGAAGGCCGAGGGCUUCGUCAAGCCCGACCAGCCGGUGAUGGAGGGGCAGCUGAAGGAGAAGAAAGGCCGCUGGAAGAUCUUCCAGCGGUGGAGGACGCGCUACUUCACCUUGUCGGGCGCCCACCUCAGCUACCGCUGCUCCGAGCAGCCGCGGCUGGACAACCACGAGAUCGGCGUCCACGAGAUCCGGUCGGUCAAGGUCAGCCGCAGCGGCCGCAACAUCCCCAAGGCGUUCGAGAUUUUCACGCACGACCGCACCUACGUCCUCAAGGCCAAGGAUGGCAAGAAGACCGAAGAGUGGGUGCGCUGCCUGUCGGUGGCCGUGGCGCACCAGCACAGCCGGCCGCGCGCCGACACCAUCAGCCUGGGCGUCAACUCGGUGGCCAACCUGCACAGCAUGCCGCAGCUGGCUACGCUCUGAGCGGGCAGACGCCCGGCCUGCCCGCGCGCCACGUGUGCGGUCCGCCGGCGGGAGAGCGGGGUCGCGGCCGA